UUUAGCAUACAAAAAUUACAAUCUAUUCAUAAUAAUAAAGUUUUUCUUGUAUUAGCAAUGACUGCAAUUUCACAUUCUUUACUUCUUACGAGAAAUCCUGCGCUGCUUCAGCCUCCUUCACCUGGUUAUGGUGCCCCUGCCAGGUUGCAAUUAAGUUUGAAUUGUCCAGGGAAAGUGCAACUUGCCAACUCCAGAAGGUCACUCACUGUCAGAGCUGCAAGUGAUGGUGGAAGGUCAAGUGGUGCGAGUAUCUUCGUCGGCGGAUUUGUUUUGGGAGGACUUAUAGUUGGUGCACUUGGAUGUGUCUAUGCACCUCAGAUAAGCAAGGUAUUAGCUGGUACUGACCGAAAAGAUCUUAUGAGGAAACUCCCUAAAUUCAUUUAUGAUGAAGAAAAGGCUUUGGAGAAAACUCGAAAAGUACUAACUGAGAAGAUAGCACAGCUGAACUCUGCCAUUGAUGAUGUUUCUGCUCAGCUCAGAUCAGAAGAUUCCCCAAAUGGAGUAGCGGUGAAUGAUGAACUGGAAGCUACUAUAUGAUAUGACCACUGUUUAUGCUACAGUAUACCUCUGCUCACCCACUAGGAAUUUCAUACAAGGAAUAAUAUACAUUCUGAUUGUAAGGUGUUCUCUUCUUCUUGCUGAGCGCUGACGUGGUUAAUGAUUGAUUAUUUUGUGGUCGCUCGAGUGGGUACAUAUAUUUUUUCUUUGACUUGUAUGCUGCGUAAUUUUGGACUUGGAUUACUUCCAUGUACUAGUUGUAUUUCGGACUGCUUAUGUGUGCAUGAAAUGAGGAAGUAUAUGAUUGCAAAGUUUAAUACAAUUGUUCCUCCCUGUUUGGAUUGGAUUUUGAA